AUGUGCAAGACAAUUGCAGCCGUUUUUAUAUGGAGCGUUCUAAAAGUUAUGCUGAUAGAAGUGACCGCAGAUUGGUUAGGUGAUUUUACGAAUUUUGGUAACGAAUUUAAGGAGUUUGACCAGGAAUUCCGCGAUUGGGACAAUUUUUUUGCUGGAGCAGCUGGCAGCCUUGUAGCCAAUAGAUUGUCUGAAGUUGAAGACUGGAAAAUACUGCUUAUAGAGGCUGGUGGAUACGGAAACAAUGUGACAGAUAUUCCUAAUAUGUAUUUCGAAGUAGAAUAUACGGAAUACAAUUGGGGAUUCGUUAGCGUUCCACAAAAAACCGCUUGUUUAGGCAUGGUUGACAACACAUGUGCAAUGGCACGAGGACGCGGAAUUGGAGGAACUACCUUAGUGAACGGCUUGGUCUACUCCAGAGGAUCCAGUCUAGACUUCGAUCGAUGGGCAGAUCACGUCGAAGAUCCUAGAUGGUCCUACAAAAAUGUUUUACCGGUGUUUAAAAGAACGGAAAGGUUUAACCACAGAGAUAGACGAGCACCAGUGAACAAACCGAUCCAUGGGUAUCAAGGAUUGCUCAAUGUCGAAUACCAUUUACCCAGAAGUCCACAAUUAGAAGCUUGGUUGGAAGCCCACGAAGAAUUAGGUUUACCGAUAGGUGAUUACAAUGCUGGUACAGGACUAGGAGCUUCCCCUGCUCAAAUUAAUACUCGAAAUGGACGAACUGAAGAUGCUGGAACUGCUUUUGUAUUACCUGCUCUUAAGAGAAAUAAUUUACGUGUUUUAACUUAUAGUUAUGUUACUAGAAUACUUAUAGACGAGUACAAAGUAGCUAGAGGUGUUACUUUUACUCAUAAAGGCCAAAAUUUCAUCGCUAAAGCGUCCAAAGAAGUGAUAGUUAGCGCCGGAACUUUCCAAACUCCACAGCUUCUUAUGUUGUCAGGGAUUGGACCUAAAGACCAUUUAAAUGCCUUGAAUAUACCAGUAAUUCAAGACUUAGCUGUGGGUAGUACUCUUCGAGAUCAUGCUUGUUUUUAUGGCUUGACCUUUAGUACCAAUUACACAGAACCUAUUUUGCCACUGGAGAAUUAUGUUGGACAAUUUUUGAAAGGAGUAGGACCGUUAGCUGCUCCGGGGAAUAAUCAAGGAGUGGCUUUUUAUGAAUCACAGUAUACCAGAGGUACUGGCUAUCCAGAUAUAGAAAUCAUGUUCAUUCCAUCAAACGCUACAAAUGAUCUAUCCCAAAGAGCCUUUAGAUUGACCAACCAGACCUACGAAGAUGUUUGGAAGUACAUCGACCGAACUCGAUCUUUUGUACUCUACAUAGUUUCUCUUCAUUCAAAUUCUAUAGGUACGGUCCGACUAAGAAGCAAAAACCCCUUCGAUUAUCCACUCAUCGACAACAGGUUUUUAUCAGAUCCCGGCAACAGAGACCUGCGACGAAUCUACGAAGGUAUACGCAUUAUGAUGCAGUUGGCUAGAACUAAAGCGAUGCGCAGUAUUGAUACAAAGUUACAAGGAGGACCUUUACGAGCUUGUAGCCAAUACGUAUACCAAUCUAGAGACUACUGGUUUUGCGCCAUUCGACAGAUGACGAUGAAUCUUUACCAUCCUGUAGGUACCACGCCUAUGGGUCCAAAUCCUCAUCAGGGAGACGUAGUAGAUUCCGAAUGCAGAGUUCAUGGUGUUCAAGGGUUGAGAGUUGUAGAUGGAAGUGUCUUUCCCUUUACUUUAGCAGGUCAUCCUAUGGCUCCUAUUGCUUUAGUGGCAGAAAUGGCAUCGGAUUUUAUUAAGAAUCAAUAUUUAUAUUAUACAUAA